CAGAAACCAGAGAAGGAUGAGUGGGGAAGCGGUGUGGAAGCUCUCGAAUGCGCCCUGCAGCUGGAGAAGAGCGUCAAUCACUCCCUCCUGGAGCUGCAUAAGCUGGCCUCUCAGCACAACGACCCUCAUAUGUGCGAUUUAAUUGAGACGCACUACUUGGACGAGCAGGUGAAGUCCAUCAAAGAACUGGGCGACUGGGUGACCAACCUGCGCCGCAUGGGCGCCCCCCAGAACGGCAUGGCCGAGUACAUGUUCGACAAGCUCACACUUGGCAAAGAGAGCAGCUAAAUACUUUGUCCAUCUUUUCCUUUUUUUGCUGUAUGAGCGUUUAUUUCCUCAUAGGCCUUCAGACUCUAUUUUAUGUUGUUUGACUGACUGGUCAACCUGUGUGUCCAGUUAUUUAAGCAGAAAAACCUCUUAGCUUGUUUGACUCUACCGUGCUUCGCUGUUUAAAGUCGCACUUCUCGUAAGUCAUUGAACUCUGUAUCUUGAGCUCGUUCACAGUUUGUGAUGCGAAACCAAUAAAAUAGAAACCUCUGGGAUCUGAACUUGA